CCCUAGAGCAUUCUGAAUCAUGGGUAUCAUGGCAUCACCCUUUUUCAUCCUUUUGUUGCUUCAGUCUUUCUUUGUUUCUACUUCUACAUCUUCCAUCAUUCCUCUGGCUCUUAAUCAGACAAAAACUCUUCUCAAAUGGAAAGCUAGUCUCGACAACCAAAGCCAAACCUUCCUCUCGUCUUGGGUUGGGGACAAUCCUUGUAAUUGGUUUGGAAUUGCCUGUGAUAAAGAUGAAAGCAUCACCAACAUAAGUCUUCCAAAUUCUGGUCUCAAAG